AUGGCAGCAAUAGUAACAAGCCUUAUCCCCAUCCUGCGGACGGCAGUGGACGCCACCACCACCUACAAGUGCCGCUCCCUGUGCAUCCGCAUGGUGAUCCUCUUCCUGGCUGUGCUGCCCUUCACCAAACCGGACAGCGACUUCACCUGCAUCGGCACCGGGCACAGCAUCUGCACCCGACCUUGUUUUAAUAGACAUUUCCACAGACCUAUGAUGGUGGCCUGGAACUUCAUCUUUGUCCUGGUUAUCUUCUCUAUCCUGCUCAUGGAGCCUUUCCCCUGUCACUUGCGUUCCCUGGCCCAGAAGAGGAGCCCCCAGGUGAAGGGAGAUGUGGAGCUGGAGGGCCAGGGAAAAAAGGAGGCUCCAGGUGUGUCCAUAGACACCAGCAGCAAGACGGUCAUAGAUCUCCAUAGAGACAGAGGCACUGUGGGCUUCUACCUGCUCAGCAUCACUCUACGUAUUCUGGUUGAAUCUUGGUUUCUUUAUAUUCUGCUUUUUUGGAACCUGCCGGCGCUGAAUAAUGGUCCAUACAAAUGCUCGACAGACAUCUGUUCUGAGUUACGUGUUUGUGUUGUAGAGAAAAGUAUGUCUCUUUAUGCUUUGACUUCCAUUUCAGGCAUGAUUAUUGUUUGCUCUGUCCUAUUUUGUAUGUAUUCAAAUUUUCACUAUCUUUGCCACUUUUAA